GGUUUUCUGCUGCUCAUGAGUAAAACAUUACUGAUUCCGAGGCAGUCUUUAUAUUUAUUGCUCUGGAAGGAGCAUACCGUAAGCAUGUCCACAGAGGAGCUGCUCUCAGUAGAUUAUGAAGUGCAUGGGAGAGUCCAGGGGGUGUUUUUUCGAAAGUAUACUCAGUCUGAAGGGAAGAAGUUGGGUUUGGUUGGUUGGGUGAAGAACACUCCAGCUGGAACGGUAGAGGGUCAGCUCCAAGGUCCAGCGUCUAAUGUCCGACAGAUGCAGGAAUGGCUCAGAAGCACUGGCAGUCCAAAGUCACGGAUCGUAAAGGCAGAUUUCAGUAAUGAGAAGAUAAUCAAGAACGUGGACUUCAAGGAUUUCAAAGUUGUCCGCUAAUAAGUUAAUUUUAGUUUAAAUGAAUGGACUGGUGAUAUGAAUUCUAAUUUUAUAUAAAGAUAUUUAAAAUAAGCUAUUUGCCUGUUACACUGAAAAUAAUGUUGCACUCCAGUGAGGGAUAGGCUGUACCCAACACCCAAUGUAUCGUAAUAAAUGAUACAAAUAACAA